AUGGAGUCUUAUCGUCCCAGCUACAACGAUCAGCGCGACUCUCGCGACAACCGCGGCGGCGCUCGCAGGUCCCCACCGCGUCGCUCUCCUCCGUCCGGCAUGUAUCAGUUUGGCGGCGGCGGCGAUAGCUACCGCCCUGGCGGCCGCAACGACCGUGAUGCUCCUCGCCAUGGAGACCAUCGAAGCGACUUCACUUUCCGCGCCGGAGACCAAAGCCGUCACUUUCCGUCCACCGACUCGCAGCGCCCACCUCGCGACCGUGCCAGGAGGCCCCAGGCGCGGGACACACGCCGCCCCCGUCAACAAAAUCAGCCUGGCCGUGGUCCGUGGCGACCUCCACCUCCGCACGAACGCGCCAUCCUUCGUUCCACUCGCGAGAAGACUCCCGAACAGCUGGAGGGUAUGGGCGAUGGCAAGGCUAAGUUCAUAUCGCUUAGUGACAUCUCAAAUUCCGAAGGAGAGAUGGACCUUGAGUCCGAUGACGAUGCGUCCGAUUCGGAGCGUCCGCCAGCGAAACGGGCUAAGCCGACCACGGACGACAGCGCUGAUGAUGGCAAUGCCCGUCCUCGUUGGUCCAACCCGGACCCGUACACUUCUCUUCCGCCGCCGGAUGAGACCCACACGAAGAGGCGCGAUUUUGUAAAGCUGAUUCGCAAGGCCAAGGUUGCUGGCGAAGAUCAAACCGCCAGUGCCAACCCCGUCGCCAAGAACGAUGAUUUCAUCUCGCUGAAUUUCGAUGAUGAUGAAGAUCAACAGAAAAAUGAUCAUGAAAGCGAUGACAACGACCGCCACAAUGCUCGGCGGUCUGGUGGCAACUCGUUCAGUCAUCUCGAUAAUCUUCAUCCUGAUCGUAGGACCGUUCCAGCAGAGGGACCCACUAAGCCCGUAGUCAACGCAGCUUCUUUGGGACCUCCCCCGGGUCUUGCCGGUCUGCCUCCCAAGCCUCCCACCAACAUUCUUGAUACGUGGCCACCCCCUCCGCCGCCACAGGCUCCUACCGGACCAAAGACGUUAAAACGUGCCCGUCAAGACGAUGAUGACGAUGAAUUGGAGAGCCUUCCUCCUCUUCCGCCCAAAGGCAAGAAGCGUAAGCGCGAAGUGAUUGACGGCAGUGUCAUUGACGACUGGCGUCCUCGUCACGGUAGCCCGCCCACGCCGUGGUGUCAGGAAGACCACUCGAGCACCGAAAGCAUGGGCUUCUGGUUGCACAAGGAGAUUGCGGAUUUCUAUGACUUCGUCAAGCCUCAUGCGUUCGAGGACGCCAUUCGACAUGACUUGGUCAAACGAAUUGAGCGCACCGUGACUCGGCAGAAAGGCUUUGCAGGUUCUAUAGUGGAAUGCUUCGGUUCAUUUGCUGCUGGUCUGUAUCUUCCAACUGCAGACAUGGAUCUUGUGGUUCUAUCGUCCCACUUCCGGAAUACCGGCCAAGGAAUUGUCAACAAGAAGACCCUUUACAGGGUUUCGGAUAUUCUGGAAAGAGAAGGCAUUAGCCAACCUGGAGCUACUGAGGUUGUUGCUAGCGCAAGGGUUCCAAUCAUCAAAAUUGUUGAUCGUACCACUGGUCUCAAGGUCGACAUCUCUUUCGAGAACAGCACUGGCAUUGCCGCCAACAAGACCUUUCGAGGAUGGAAACAGGCGUACCCCGCCAUGCCAGUGAUUGCUACGCUGGUAAAGCAGUUCCUCGCAAUGCGUGGCCUGAACGAAGUCUUUACCGGAGGCCUUGGAGGGUUCUCUGUCAUCUGCAUGGUCGUGAGUCUUCUUCAGAACUGGCCUGGUCGCCAGAGCAACAACUUCGUUCCAGAGGAACACUACGGAGACGUACUCUUGAAUUUCUUCGACUUGUUCGGCAACAAAUUCAACAUUGCCACGACUAGGAUUCGGCUUAAUCCCCAUCAGUUUGAACCAAAGGGCCCUCGCGAUCUGAACGGAAAGCCUGCUAGACCAGACCGCCUGUCAAUUGUCGAUCCCAAUACGCCUACGAAUGACAUUUCCUCAGGAUCUCACAAUGUCGUUCUUGUCCAGAAAUGCUUCCGCGAUGCAUUCGACAAGCUUCAAAGACGCAUGGCUGAGUUGAAUGCCCUUGAUAUUGGACAACGCAGGCAUGCCAGCAUCUUGGAAGUACUUUUCGCGGGUGACUACUCCUCCUUCGACUGGCAACGUAAACGCCUGAGGAAAAUCUACGACUCGGACCGGUGA